UUGAUAUUAUAUAAAAACUAUACUUAGAAUUUAUUCUAAGUAUUAAUUAAGUUUACGUUGUAGGUAUGGAUCGUAGUUGGAUGAGAGCUAAUCGAUUAAGUGAUGAGUACGAACAUGGGGUGAUGGAAUUUCUAGAGUUUGCUGAAAGUAAUGCUAAAAAAGAUCUUCCUCCUCCUAAAAGUAAUGCUGAAGAUAGUCACCCUACGCUUUUUUUCUGUCCAUGUGUUCGUUGUGCAAAUAAAGAACCAAAGCUUAGUAAGAAAAAAAUCAUGGAUCAUCUAAUUUGUGAAGGGAUUUGUCAAAACUAUACACAAUGGAUAUGGCACGGUGAAGUGGUAGAAAAUUCAAAUGUGUCCCAAAGAGAUAAUGUUAGUGUAGAAAUGGAUGAUCGUCUGGAAGACAUGAUGUGUGAUAUUGGACAAGAUUCGUUUAAGAGGGCACAUGCGUAUGAUAGUUUAUGCAAUGACAAAGAUACACCUUUGUACCCGGGAUGCACAAAUUUUACACGUUUGUCAGCCGUCUUAAAAUUGUUUAAUCUGAAGGCAAUUAACGGGUGGACUGACAAAAGUUUUACCGAAUUGCUCUAA